GCGCCUUAAUUGUCUUGCCGCAGGUGCGUGGCCAAGAAAGAGAUCUGGGACCACCGUACCUAGGCUUGGAUCAAGCUAUAACCCCUUUCUAUCCAAGGGUGGAGUAGCUACUAAUACCAGAGUACCAAGCCGCCAGAUUUGGUUGCUUGAUUUGUUGUAAGCUAGGGAGGCACAUACACAAGGCGACGAUCGAGGGGGAUCCAUGGGGAGAGCACCGUGUUGCCAGAAGCUGGGGCUGAAGCAGGGAAAGUGGACAGAGGAGGAAGACGACAUACUCGCAAGCUACAUCGCCCAGCAUGGCGAGGGGUCAUGGAGGUCGCUGCCCAAGAAUGCCGGGCUACUGAGGUGUGGUAAGAGCUGCAGGCUGCGGUGGGUCAACUACCUGAGGGACGGGGUGAAGAGGGGCAGCUUCUCUAAGGAGGAGGACGAUCUCAUCGUCAAGCUCCAUGCCACCAUUGGCAAAAGGUGGUCACUGAUUGCCAGCCACCUGCCAGGGCGGACCGACAACGAGAUCAAGAACUACUGGAAGUCGCAUCUGAGCCGGCAGUUCCACGGCUUAUGGCGGAUGUACACCGAGAGCAACAUCACCAAAACCGUUGACAUGAACAAGCUUUUCGCCACUCGGAAACGGCGAGGCGGCCGGGCGCCCGGCCAGUCGCCAAGGAGCAACAUGAAGAAGCAGCCUGUGCCUGGGCCCACCAAGGCGCAGGACGGCUCUAGCCCAAUUGGCGCUACAUAAUCAGCAUCUAGCGUACCUCAGGGUGACCCAGACCAGGACAAGGCCACAAACAACAUCAUUGUCAGCAACACUUCUGGUGAGAACUGUAUCAAGGACGGGAUAUGGCCAGGGCCGGUCCUGAGUUUUUAGGGGUCCGGGGCGAAAGUAAAGCUCAGGGACAGCUCGGGGCCCUUAGUAUAUAUUUUGUGUGCGGAUAUAGGGGCCAUAAUAUAAGCAACACAACAAUUAUAGUAGUAUUGCGGUCUGUAUUUUUUUAUAAUAAAUCUAAAAGCAAGAUUGAUACUAUGAUAUAUAGUUUAUA